AAAUUAAAAGUGGUAUUUUAGUGCCUUUUCCCAUAUUUUUUUCGCUACACUUUACCCUCCGCCCUUCCUACCACCCGGUAGAGCUCUUGGUUGGGUUUGGAGGUUCAGGGAGAAAGUUUAGGCUUGUUAAUGUUACUGUCAAUUGUUUCUGGGGGGGGGCGGGAUUGAGGGUGGGAGAAAGGUUGCUUUCCCCCCCCCCCCUUCUUUCCUCCCUGUGGUUCUUCUGGGUUAUUGGAGAAUAAUACUCCAAGUGACAGCCAGAAGUAGACUUUCUGCCUUUUUCACGCCGGAGAGCCUAUGAGAUAGAGAGCUAGGGAGAAGCUUUUUUUUUCCCUCAUUAAGACCUCGUCCGCAGUGAUUUUUUCGCUUUUAAAGAAAAGAUAAUCAGCGACCACCACCACCCCACACACCCUAUACCCCCCAAAUCAUCUCAUUGUGGACCUUAUAGUGCUUUUUUGCUUUGUUUUUGCGAUCUUUUUUCCAACGUUUCACUUGUCAGAUCAAUUUUAUCUUCUCUCUACUCACUUCCCAGUCUCCCUCCUCCCCUAUCGAAAACCCUGUUCUCCUAGAGACAUUUGAAAAAAACAACAUUUUUUGAAUUCUGAUUUUUGCGCUCAUGGCUUCUCCUCAUCUUGACGUUUAUUUCUGCCCUUCCCCCGCUUAGGGGGGAGGGGGGUGGGGGAGACAAAAUAAUACAAUUUAAGGGGGAAGUCGCCUUCAGGUCUGCUGCUUUUUUUUUUUUUUAAAAUAAAAAAAAAGGAUAUAGAAAAACAUCAGUCUUGAACUUCUUCCUCUUCAAGAUCUCGGGCUGCAAAGGAAAUCUCCUUUGUUUUUGUUAUUUAUGUGCUGUCAAGUUUUGAAGUGGUGAGUUUCAGGUGAUUUUUAGAGGCGGGACUGAGUAUGGAUCAUUUGAACGAGACAACUCAGGGGAAAGAACAUUCGGAAAUGUCUAACAAUGUAAGCGAUCCGAAGGGUCCACCAGCCAAAAUUGCCCGCUUGGAGCAGAAUGGGAGCCCAUUAGGAAGAGGACGACUUGGAAGUACAGGAGCUAAAAUGCAAGGAGUGCCUUUAAAACACUCUGGACAUCUGAUGAAAACUAACAUUAGAAAAGGAACAAUGCUACCUGUUUUCUGUGUGGUGGAGCAUUAUGAGAACUCCAUUGAAUAUGAUUGUAAGGAGGAACAUGCAGAGUUUGUGUUGGUAAGAAAGGACAUGCUUUUCAACCAACUGAUAGAAAUGGCAUUGCUGUCUCUUGGAUAUUCUCACAGCUCUGCUGCCCAAGCCAAAGGGCUAAUCCAAGUUGGAAAAUGGAAUCCAGUUCCACUGUCCUAUGUGACAGAUGCCCCUGAUGCUACUGUUGCAGACAUGCUGCAAGACGUGUAUCAUGUGGUCACACUGAAAAUCCAAUUACACAGUUGCCCUAAACUAGAAGACUUGCCUCCUGAACAAUGGUCUCACACAACCGUAAGAAAUGCUCUGAAGGACUUACUGAAGGAUAUGAACCAGAGUUCAUUGGCCAAGGAGUGUCCCCUUUCCCAGAGUAUGAUUUCAUCCAUUGUGAACAGCACUUACUAUGCAAAUGUAUCAGCAGCAAAAUGUCAAGAAUUUGGAAGGUGGUAUAAACAUUUCAAGAAGACAAAAGAUAUGCUGGUUGAGAUGGAUAGCCUUUCUGAACUAUCCCAGCAAGGUGCCAACCACGUCAACUUUGGCCAGCAGCCAGUCCCAGGGAACACCGCUGAGCAGCCCCCAUCCCCUGUGCAGCUUUCUCACGGCAGCCAGCCAUCGGUCCGGACCCCUCUUCCAAACCUGCACCCUGGACUUGUAUCAACUCCGAUUAGUCCGCAGUUGGUAAAUCAACAGCUGGUGAUGGCUCAGUUGCUGAACCAGCAGUAUGCAGUGAACAGACUCUUAGCCCAGCAGUCCUUAAACCAACAGUACUUGAACCACCCUCCCCCUGUCAGUAGAUCUAUGAACAAGCCGUUGGAGCAACAGGUCUCAACCAACACAGAGGUGUCUUCCGAAAUCUACCAGUGGGUGCGAGAUGAACUGAAACGAGCAGGAAUCUCCCAAGCAGUAUUUGCACGUGUGGCUUUUAACAGAACUCAGGGCUUGCUCUCCGAAAUCCUCCGAAAGGAAGAAGAUCCCAAGACCGCCUCGCAGUCCCUGCUGGUUAACCUCCGGGCCAUGCAGAACUUCUUGCAGUUGCCAGAAGCUGAAAGGGAUCGGAUUUACCAGGAUGAAAGGGAAAGGAGUCUGAAUGCAGCCUCGGCUAUGGGUCCAGCUCCUCUGAUUAGCACGCCCCCCAGCCGGCCUCCCCAGGUAAAAACAGCGACAAUUGCUACGGAGCGGAAUGGGAAGCCAGAGAACAAUGCCAUGAACAUUAAUGCUUCCAUUUAUGAUGAGAUUCAGCAGGAAAUGAAGCGAGCAAAGGUGUCCCAAGCACUCUUUGCAAAGGUUGCGGCAACCAAAAGCCAGGGGUGGCUGUGUGAACUGUUACGCUGGAAAGAAGAUCCAUCUCCAGAAAACAGGACCCUGUGGGAGAAUCUCUCCAUGAUUAGAAGGUUCCUCAGUCUUCCUCAGCCUGAACGAGAUGCCAUUUAUGAACAAGAAAGCAACGCUGUUCAUCACCAUGGUGACAGACCUUCCCACAUUAUCCAUGUUCCAGCAGAACAGAUUCAGAGCCCCUCUCCCACCACCCUUGUGAAAGGAGAGCCUAGAGGUACUUUCUCACCAAGCCUGCUGACCCCUGGACCAUGGCUGGGUGCUGCUCCACAGCAGCAGCAACAGCAGCAGCAGCAGCAGCAGCAACAACAGCAGCAACAGCAGCAGCCUCAACCCCAGCAACAACAGCCGGGGCCCCGACUGCCCCCUAGGCAGCCUACUGUGGCUUCACCAGCUGAAUCAGAGGAUGAAAAUCGGCAGAAGACACGACCGCGAACAAAAAUUUCUGUUGAAGCUCUGGGAAUUCUACAGAGCUUUAUCCAAGAUGUAGGCCUGUAUCCAGAUGAAGAAGCUAUCCAGACUCUCUCUGCCCAGCUUGACCUUCCCAAGUAUACUAUUAUUAAGUUCUUUCAGAACCAACGAUAUUAUCUCAAGCAUCAUGGGAAACUGAAGGACAAUUCGGGUCUAGAGGUGGAUGUUGCAGAGUAUAAAGAAGAAGAGUUGCUGAAAGAUUUGGAAGAAAGUGUCCAAGAUAAAAAUGCAAACUCCCUUUUUUCAGUGAAAUUAGAAGAAGAAUUAUCAGUGGAAGGGAACACGGACAUUAAUGCUGAUCUGAAAGACUAAGAUAAAAAGUAUUAUUUUCAUUCAACAGUGCCACUGGUAUUAACUAAUUAAAUGAAAUUCCAUCUUGCAUUCUCUCAGAAACCUUUGUUGUUCAUUGUUUGGCCAAUGAGUCUUCAGAAACUUGCACACACAUACACAAACACACACACACACACACACACACACACACACACACACACAUACACAUACACACAAACAUACAGACACAUGAAAUGAAAAAAAAAAAAAAAAAAGGAAAGUGCAGACCGCUAAAUGUUUUACUCUGUUUUACAAACUGCUCUACAGCUACAGAUGAAGCAUUGAGGAUUGUUUGAUAUUAAUUUGUGUUCACUGGCUACACCCUGUUGUAUCCAAUAAGCAUGAUACCAGUGAUUUUUGAUUCUGGAGCUUUCAAAGAAGCAUUACAACUUUGGUGAUUAUUGUUUCAUUUUUAUUAUUAUUAUUAUUAAUUAUUAUUAUUAUUAUUAUUACUGUAACACUCCACACUUGAUCUUUGGAAACUCACACUUAUUUUAAAGAAAAAGAGAGUUUGAUGCUCUUGCUCUAUUGUAUGUUACAAAAGAACUAUAUACUGUGGAAUGCAGUUUUAAAAUAACACACGCCAACAAAUGCCUUGUAUUAUAUGGCACUGCCGUAAUUCAGAUUUGUUUUCUUUUUUGGAAAUAAAAGGUCACUGUAAUAUUUUUUUCAUUUUCAUUGUUACAUGAUUUUUAAAAUGGAAAGAAAAUGUGAAACACAAUUUAGUCCUCAUUAUUUAUUUGUAGAUCCUGCAGCAUCAUGUUGUAAUUAAUUUUUUUUGGAAGUUUCCGUUAAAUGUAAUAUUGCUUCUCUUGUUCUCAUACUGAUUCUUUUCUAUUUAUAAAUGUAUUUUGAUGGGCAGUAAAACAAAGUGUCUUAAAAGUUUUAAAUAGAGAAAAUGUGCUUUACACAGUUGCCUAUAAAAAGUGCUCGAUGUUAUCCAAGCAAUUCAUACUAUAAGCUUCACUCUUAUUGUUGUAUGCAAUUUUUACUAUCAUGCAAAUAAGCUUAGGUAAAUAAAACUAAUAGAUCACCUUAGAAACUUAUGCAAUUAAUGUGAAAAUAAUUGAUGUUUGCAAUGUGUCUUCCUUUGGUUUACAAUCAAUUUUAAAGCUACAUCUGUAUAAAUUUUCUGUACAAAGGUGUAUUUCUUUUUUAUGAGUUUAUUGCUAUGAAAACACCAGUUAUUUUGUUACAGCUAGCUGUUUUUAUAAGUGUAUCACAAUUUUCUUUAUGCAGAACUGUUGACUAGGAGUGGUUAUUGACUGUAACUACACAAUUAAAAUUGUUUGUAUGGUAUGCUAUGGGAGGGUUUGUCUGCUUAUGUGUACUCACUGUAAAAGAGCUUGAAGGGAUUGCUCUCCCUAGGUGGCUGACAGUACUUUCUCAGCAGUACUUUGUAGAUUUGACAGAGAACAUCCAAAACGUUCUCUCUCAAGACUUGUAUUAGCCUUUGUAAAAUUUACAUGUUGAUGGCACGUGUGUACGUGUGUAUAACACACACAUCCGUACACUGAAAUUCCAUGAUGGAAAUCAUAACCUGCCUUGUCUUGGUUAACAUUUUGCCUGCUAAACAGAGAUAGCAGGAUAUUCCGGAGUCCAAAAGCUAUCGGGCACAAACAUAUUUACAAUCCCUGGCAGCGAUGCUCUUAAAAUGGGUACAGCUGCUUUUAUUUUGUGCUACGUGAAUUAUGCUCACACUGUUCCUUAUAUUAAUGUAUAAACACUUUAAAAGGCCAUUCAUAAUUACGUAAAAUAAAGAGAAAAAAAAUGGCCCUUUAGGAAAAGUCCUUAGUAAGAAGAUUUUGAAGAAUAGUUUUUAGCUGUUAGUAAUUCCGAUAACUUUUGAGUUCAUCAAACUGCUUAGGGUCUUCUAGGACUAGGAGCUACCUUAGGAAUAUGAGAACACAACACGUGAAGCCUAAAAGCGAUAUAUGCUCCAUUAGGACUUCGUUUUCUCCUAACAUUGGUUUUAUAUUGAGUUACCUAAUCCUAGGGCAACUAAACCUUAGCAAACUACAUAGGAGCAAAAUUAAUCAUGCUGAUUGUUAGAGAACAAAGGUAUAGUUAUAAAAUAGUUCAUUCAUAUUUCAGUUUUUCAAAUUCUUUUGUCUAACUUCUGUUCUUAAUGUUUCCUCAUAGGUUUUCUUGAACACAGCUCACAGGGGUUCUGAGCUUCUUUAAGAAGAGAUCCAUGAUUGCCCAUUUCCUUUCAGUCCACCAUUUGCCCUACCCCAGAUGAUAUCAUGUAGGCAACUGGGCUUCUUCAACACUGAACUUUUAUUUAAGAAAUUGAAUUGGGAGCAUUGAAAAUUCCCAAUUUAGCUUUAAAAUACUAUUGAAUAGUGAGGUACAGCUAAACUACUCUGGAGGCAGAUGGUUUCCCAUAAACUUCAAACUCUGUCCCAAAAGUUUUCAGUUCAUCUGAUUUAAUAAGAGUUGAAUUUUUAAUACAUCUCAGCUCACUAUGAAAAAAGAAUGGAAUCAUUUGAUGGAGGAGUUGAAAUUAGUGAGAAGAAUAAAAACAACUAUAUAACUCUAUUCCUCAUCUAUUAAGAAAGAAUACAAUAUAUAAAUAUAUAUGUUUUUUUUUUUCUUAAACAUCCUUUUUUUUGCUUCCUCUGGAAAGGGACUGGUGGUAGAGAAGGAAAUUGAACCAUUUUGGUGGAUGUGUUGUUUUGGUUCUUGUUGGUUGAAUUUAAGGCAAGGUACCAAGACACACACCAAAACACUUACUUUUUGAUCUGAAGCUCUGGCUUCCAGCUAAGAUUUUUCUUUCUCAUUCCAAAAGGUUCCCCAUUUUCUUUUGGAUUGAAAAAUAGAGUGCAUUGGUUCACUUGUAUUGUAAAUACUCACCAACAAUAACCGAUGACAUUUUCUAAGAAAUAUCAUUUAAUUCCUUUGAAUUAAAAUGGUUAUAUUAAAUAAUUUGCCAAGAAGAAAUGAUGCUAGUAAUCUGAAUGGCCAUGAGGAGGCAAUGAGCUUAAGAGGCUGCUUUAAGGGAAGUUCCUGAGUAUCCUGUAUGCGUGGUCACUGGCCUUGUAAAGGCAGUGUGCUAUAGGAGCAUUUAUCUGGAAUACCAAGAACCUGGGUUUAAACCCAGCCCUGUGUUAACUACUAGUGACUGGGUAAGUCUUUUACAUCCAUAGACUCAAUUUCCUCAUUUAUAAAAUGAGAACUUUAGACUAGGUGGUCUCUGAAGUCCCCUUCCAGCACUAAACCUCUGAUUUACUUCUGUGUCAAGAGGCUUAUGUGCUAAAAGUUCAUUUAACAAGCUUCAUUGUGUGAAAAGUACUUCAGAACUUUUAAAGGUGCACAUGACAGCAUGUUGUACUCAAGUAUGUUUGCAGAAGUGAAUGGUUCAUAGACAAUAUUCAACCCUAUGAAUCUGAAUCUGUCAUGGACUCCUUCACUCAGCAUUCUCCCACUAAUAUGUAGGACACUCUGUGGCCAUCUAUACCUGUAUACUGUGCAAAAAUAAUACCGUUGACAAUGUUUCCUUGGUCCAUAGUAUGCAGACUUGACAAACAUCUUCCUAGAAGGCAAGGUAGCUCUUAUAUGAGUGUCCUAAUUACAUGGCAUUUAAUUUCAAAGUAUGUGCAUAAUGUGUGCAUUGAUUAACAUCCUAGGAUUUCCAAUGCCCAAUCUUAAGAAAAAAGAUAUUUUUCAAAUAUAUGAGACUAUUCUUAGCCAAAUAUAUAGGUUAAAACAAAUAUUUUCAAAUAUCUUCAGGUUGAGUCAUAUACCCUCGUAGGUAUCCAACCACCAUCCAGUUCUCUCUCCCCCCCCUUCCUGUUGCUAACAUUCAUUUAACAUCAUGAUCUAUAUGUAUUGUACAAUCCUAUUCUUUCUAAAUGGAAUGUACUAAACUGCCUCAUGAUGCUAUAAGAAAGCAAUUUCUAUAAAUGUACAUCAAUAGAUGAUAGAAAUGGAAUCUUGUGUAUAUGCACAUAUACAUAGAUUCUCAAUAAAAAUGUGCUGAAUGACUAGACCAAGGAAGAAUUCAGACAAACUCAAUUUUUAAAUGUUAGGAUGCUAUCACCACCUUUCUCCUAUAGUUCAGGAAACUCAGACAUUAACAUUACAAUGACCUGCCCUGCUGUCUCUCCCUGAUCCUUAUAAAGAAUCCCUGGUCAAGUAAUUACAGAAUCUGAGUUGGAAGGGGUUACCUGGUCCACUCCAUGACAUGUUUCCUAAGUAGUUAGCCAGCUACUGCUUGAACCCAGUAUCUCCCAAGGCAGGCCAUUCUACUUAUAGAUAGCUCUGUUGGUUAAGAAGGUUUUCCUUAUGUCAAGCCUAAGUAAUAAGACAAAUCAAAUAAUCAUUUUGGCAACUUAAGGAUGCACAUGAUUUUCUUAGUAUCUCUUCUCAAGCAAUUAAGUCUAUAUCAUUUCAAUGCAAAAGCUAAGUACUUGCAUGAUUUUCUGCAGUAGCUAAAGGAGAAGGCAUUAACAUGCAUAUUACUAAUGAAAAUAUAUACAAUAUGCUCAUUAAUGGAGUGUGGUCAAAGGUAUAUAUCAACAUACUGUACCUGUAUUAUAAUUAAUUCCACAUGUUGAAUAAAAACAGUGCAGAAUUGCCUUUUUAAGA